UCCGAAGAAUACGAAGUCAAAGCUCCCCAAACCCACCUUCUCCGACCUUAGCCGCGGGACCCAAUUGCACCCCAUUUCUCAUUUCCGAUCAUCUCACAGUCACACCCUCUUUGGGUUGAGUAGUCAAUUUUCUGAAGAAUAUUUUUUCAUUCAUAAUGGCAGCUCGGACUUUCCAUGGAAGUUUUAUACCUUGUUUCUGGGUUCUACGAACAACAACAAGAACUUCAACGAGAGAGUGGGCGUUUUCUUUAAUUUCUUACUGUUCCCUUUGGUGGGUAUGGUUGAUUUUUCGUGCCUCACGAACUUCCCUCAUUUGGGUUUCAAGAUCCAAGGCCAAAGAAAACUGGUGGAGUGGAGUUUCGUAGUGGAUGAGUAAAUGAACUCAGCUCUCCUCAGAGGGUUGGCAUCUAGUUCUCAUGGAAUUAGAGGAAUUGAGAAGUCAUUGAAAUCUUCUUCUUGUAAUAAUCUCAUGCCGCAAGGCUUGCGCUCCGGGAAGAGAAUUCUUGAUCCACAAGGGCCUUUUCUUCAAAGUUGGAACAAGAUAUUUGUGCUGUCUUGUGUGGUUGCUGUUUCAUUGGAUCCUCUGUUCUUUUAUGUUCCUGUGAUUGAUAAUAGAAACAAGUGUCUUAGGUUAGAUGAGAAAGUGGAGACUGUAGCCUGUAUAUUGCGAUUGUUUACAGAUUUAUUCUAUGUCGUGCAUAUCGUUUUUCAGUUUCGUACAGGAUUUAUCGCUCCCUCUUCCCGAGUGUUUGGAAGAGGUGUUUUAAUAGAAGAUUCUUGGGCAAUAGCAAUGAGGUAUCUGUCAUCAUACUUUCUAAUUGACAUAUUCUCAGUCCUCCCACUUCCACAGGUGAUGAUUCUGAUAAACAUCCAUAAAAUUAGAGGUUUGAGAUCGUGGAAUACAGAGAACUUGCUGAAACUUGCUGUAUUAUGUCAAUUUGUGCCAAGGUUUCUUCGAAUCUAUCCUCUGUAUAAAGAAGUUACAAGGACCUCUGGCAUACUCAUUGAAACAGCUUGGGCAGGAGCUGCAUUUAAUCUCUUUCUCUACAUGCUAGCCAGUCAUGUAUUUGGGUCAAUCUGGUACUUAUGUUCCGUAGAACGAGAAGCCCAAUGCUGGCAUGAUGCUUGUAGCAAACAUCCUGGCUGUAACCUUACUUCCUUGUAUUGUGGCUACAAUUACAGUCAUGAAGGAAACCUAUUCCUCAAUGCUUCUUGUCCAAUCGAAAAGCCAAAUGUAGGAAUCUUUAACUUUGGAAUAUUCCUUCAAGCCCUUCAAUCUGAUAUUGGGGAAUCACACUUUCCCAAGAAGUUUCUUCACUGCUUUUGGUGGGGCUUAAGGAAUCUAAGCGCUUUGGGUCAAAAUCUCACUACAAGUACUUGCAAAUGGGAAAACUGCUUUGCCAUUUUGAUUUGCAUCUCUGGCCUAGUGUUGUUUGCGUCUCUCCUUGGCAACCUGCAGAACGAGAAGUCUCUCUGUGUGAAACUUGCUUUCGAGCAGAUGUGUUGGCGAUCCACAAAGACAAGGGUGGAGGAGAUGAGAGUGAGAAGGAGAGAUGUCGAACAAUGGAUGUCACAUCGUUUACUCCCGGAGAAUAUAAGGGAGCGAGUUCGAAGGUAUGAACAUUACAUGUGGCAGGAUACCAGAGGCGCUGAUGAACAUAAUCUGCUGCAUAAUCUGCCUAAAGACCUCCAUAGAGAUAUUAAGCGCCAUCUUUGCUUGGUUUUGCUUAUGCGAGUUCCAAUGUUUGAAAAGAUGGAUGACCAAUUGUUGGAUGCAAUGUGUGCACGUCUAAAGCCCGUGUUGUACACAGAAGAAAGCUGCAUUGUUCGGGAAGGCGAUCCAGUCGAUGAGAUGCUCUUCAUCAUGCGAGGCAAGCUCUUAACCACGACUACAAAUGGAGGGAGAACUGGUUUCUUCAACUCUGAUAUCCUCAUGGCUGGUGAUUUCUGUGGAGAAGAGUUACUGACUUGGGGUCUAGACCCUCAUUCCUCAACCAAUCUCCCCAUUUCAACUCGAACCGUUCGGUCGCUCACAGAAGUCGAAGCAUUUGCCUUUAAACCCGACGACUUGAAAAUUGUAGCCACUCAAUACCGUAGGCUUCACAGCAAGCAGCUGCGCCAGAUUUUCAGAUUUUACUCACAGCAAUGGAGAACCUGGGCAGCUUGUUUCUUACAAGCAGCAUGGAGGUGGCAUCAAAGAAAGAAGCUCAGGGAGUGUGUGAAGGAAGAAGAGAGUAGGUUGAAAGUCGUACUGGCUUCCAUCGACGAGCGGUCACCGAGUUUAGGCGCCACCAUUUAUGCAUCUAGAUUUGCAGCCAACAUGCUUCGGGCGAGGAGGCGAAACAGUUGUAGGAAAGCUAGGAUGUCCAUGCUGCUUCAGAAGCCAGCAGAGGGUGAUUUUAGCUUGGAAGACAAUAACUCUUAACCAUACUGUUAAAAAGAUGAUACUUGCGUUUGUUGUUUAUGACUUCAUUUUGAACAUCUUCCAUUCAUUUUGUAAUGAUCAAAACCCAUUUUCCAAA